AUGCAACCAGGUAUGUUCAGAUAUAGGUUCGGGGGUCCGGGUCUUCCCGAAUGGGAGAUGAGUGACUACGAAUGCGUUUACUUUGUGACAGUGCAUUUCCACGACAGAUACAAAAAGUAUCCCAGCGAACAACUCAUGCAAAGUAUGAUUCGUCGAAUCAAAGAUGGGAAGGCCGAGGUCAGUCUUAAGCCUCUCCAUCGUCACACUCCGCGAUGCAUCUCAAUGCCAGUCUACGGACCCUAUGAUGCCCCGAGCGCUGUUAUUCUUGCAACCGCUAGAGAAGUCGCAGACACGCGCCUGAAUGAAAUCCACCAAGGGUUUGUGGAGAUCGACAUGGAUCUUCUUUUCAGUCGUGGACAUUAG